AUGUGCACGUUUGCGCUCGCGAACCUGAAGUUUCUGCAUCGCGCGGCUGGUCCUAUGCGAUGGCUUCUUCUGACCUCUGGCUGGCAACUUCGAGUUCGCCUCUUCACUCGGCAACACAUCAAUCCCAUCAAUCUCUAUCUGCGCAGUCACCGAUCGCCCACGUCCUUCAAUCUUAUGUGCGUCGCGCAAGGCUUUUUGCAGUGCCAGAAACUUCUUCUUGACACUAUCCUCGACAUCAACUCUUCCGAGUGCUCGAACAGCCUUUACAGCGUUCUCGACUGCAUCCCACCCGAGAUCCCAGCGGAAGCGCAUCAGCUCAGUCUUGGUCGCGGGGUCAAUCGGUAA